AUGACAUUUGCCUUGGAGCAUUUGGAAAUUUGCAAAUUGGAGAUGACAUUUGAAGUCCAAUGUUUGGAUGACGAUGAAGCAUUUGAUUUGUUCCAAAAGAAGGUUGGACAAGAAACAUUAGGAAGUGAUCUGGAGAUCCCUGAGCUUGCAAAAGACAUUGCUAGAAAAUGUGGUGGCCUUCCAUUGGCGCUCAAUGUCAUAGGGGAGACCAUGUCAUGCAAGAAGACAGUGGAAGAAUGGCGUCAUGCGAUAAAUGUUUUGACUUCGUACGCUAUAGAGUUUUCUGGCAUGGAAGAUAAGAUCCUUCCGCUUUUGAAGUAUAGCUACGAUAAUCUUAAGGGCGAAGAUGUCAGAUCAUGUUUGCUGUAUUGCGCUUUAUUUCCAGAAGAUGAUAGAAUUGAUAAAGAGAAAUUGAUCGACUACCUGAUAGGCGAAGGUAUUAUAGAUGGAAGUGAAGGUAUAGAGAGGGCUGAGAACAAGGGGUAUGAGAUAAUUGGUGAUCUUGUUCGUGCAUCAUUGUUGAUGGAAGGGAAUAGAUGGAAUGGUCCAAGAAAAGUGGUGCAUAUGCAUGAUGUUGUUCGUGAAAUGGCAUUUUGGAUUGCAUCUGAAUUGGGAAGAGAAAAGGAGGCUUUCAUUGUGCAUGCAGGUGUAGGGUUACGUGAAAUUCCUAAGGUUAAGAAUUGGAACGUUGUGAGAAAGAUGUCACUGAUGAAGAAUAGGAUUGGCAAACUCGAGGGCAGUCCUGAAUGUCCCGAACUCACAACUUUGCUCUUGCAAUGGGGAGAUUUAGUAAGUAUCUCGAGUGAAUUCUUCAAGUCCAUGCCGAAGCUACAGGUGUUGGAUCUAUCAAGUAAUCAAAAUCUCACCAAAGUGCCGGAUGGAGUAUCUGAUUUAGUUUCUUUGAAGUAUCUCAACUUGUCACAUACCGGUAUCCGUCAUCUCCCUAAGGGUCUAAAAAAGCUCAAAAAACUCUUUCACUUGGAUCUCGGGUAUACACGUCAGCUUUCGAGUAUUGCUGGGAUAUCAAAUCUGCAUAAUUUAAUGAUACUGAAAUUAGCUUCCAGUGGCUUUUCAUGGGACGCGGCAUAG